UUAAUAUUUAACCAUCUUUCACCCACACAUUAAUAUAUGAAAAAAUAAUAGUAAAAAAAAAAAACUAAUAAGAAGAAAUGGUGAAGAAUUUGCCUGGCCUGGAAAUUUGAACCAUUCUAACAUUAUUUACAGUUGACAUAGUCUUUGUUCUUGACCUCUUACUUGUACUUAUGUUGCAAGAAAAAUUAAUCAAAUUCUUGUUCUUAACAUUAUUUAUUUUUUAUUAAAUAAUACUGCCGCCUGCACUUAACAAGAAAUAUUAUUCCCUUCAAAACUUGUUCAUUUCUCUCUCUAAUCUUCCAAUUUCAUUUUUUUUCUCUCUCUAAAAAAAAUGAAAAUGAAAAUUUCAAUUGUGAUUGUAUUCUUGUUUAUUUUGAUUUCAAUUAAUCCAAUUCCAAUUUCUGCUCAUUUUUUUCCAAAUAUUUCUUCAAUUCCAGCUUCUUUGAUUCCAAAUCAUACAGUUUGGGACGCUUUCAGCGGCUUAGCCGGCUGCCAGAAGGGCCGGAAAGCCGACGGCUUAGCCAAGCUGAAGAAGUACUUUCAGUAUUUUGGCUACCUCAACAAUUCUUACUCCGAUUACUCCGACGAUUUCGACGAGCUUCUCGAAUCCGCCGUCAGAAACUACCAGCUCAACUUCAACCUCAACGCCACCGGCAAGCUCGACGCGCCGACGCUGGACCACAUCGUGCGUCCCCGGUGCGGGAACCCGGACUUCGUCAACGGCACCUCCACCAUGCGCCGCCGUGACGACCACGCGACUAUUCACACGGUGGCGCACUACUCGUUCUUCCCCGACCGGCCGCGGUGGCCGGCGAGGAAGACGCAGCUCACGUACGCGUUCGCGCCGGAGAACCAGCUGUCCGCCGUGGUGAGGGGCGUGUUCGCACGCGCGUUCGAGCGGUGGUCGGAGGCCACGACGCUGACGUUCGUGGAGACGGCGUCGUACGGCAGGGCGGACAUAAGGAUCGGGUUCUUCGGCGGGGACCACGGCGACGGCGAGCCGUUCGACGGCGUUCUGGGGACGCUGGCGCACGCGUUCGCGCCGCCCAACGGGAGGUUUCACCUCGACGGAGACGAGAACUGGGUCAUCGACGGAAACUUCCUCAACGGCGCGCCGCGGACGGCGGUGGAUUUGGAGUCGGUGGCGGUUCACGAAAUCGGGCACGUACUCGGGCUGGGUCAUAGUACGGUCGAGGAAGCCAUUAUGUACCCGACUAUUUCUUCGGGUACCAGGAAAGUGGAGCUUGCGAACGACGACGUUUUGGGGAUCCAGGAACUUUACGGGUCUAACCCGAAUUAUAACGGGUCGGUCGGGACUUUGACUCCGAGUCCGACGGGUCAGAGGGAUACUAGUGCGGCCCAUCAUACUAUGGGCUAUUCGAUAAAAAAUGGAAUUCAGCUGAUUGGAUUAUUGUCUUCUUUAUUAUUAUUUGUAUAGAAUUUCUUUUAUUUUUUAUUUUAU